AUGGAUACACCACCUCCCUCUCGCCGCAGUCCAAGAUCUGUAGUUCGUUCUCCAGAAGAGUGUAUUUCUUCUGGUUGAUUUCUGUUCUUCUCAGAUAAACUGUUUUGCUUCAUAAAACCUGACUAUUUGGGACAUUUCUGAAUACAUUCAGAAACUUUGGUUUUUUCUUCCAAGUAUUUAAGCUUUUCGCGCUUUUGUAUACAAAUUUCGGGGCCUUUUUUGGGGCCUAUAAGGAAGAAUAUAAGAUUUCCCGCAUUUUUUCAAUAUCUUCUUGAAGGCAUUUCUUUUCUGGAAUGCAUCUCCAUUCCACCGUGUUUAGUCAAUUCGAGGUAGAUAAAAACACGUAAUUUGGCAUCAAAUCAUGCUAUUUUUGGGUGGAACAUGUGGCUGCCGUGGUCUUUCUGGAUUCGGUCGGCCGAUUUCAUCCCUCAUAUGCGAUAGUUUGGGAGGUCGGUGGAAGCUACUGAUCAACCUCUUCCGUUCCAUGAAUGUAGGAGGAAAUAGUGGGCGGCGGAGGAUCAGGAAGAUUCGUUCUAUCAUCACCGCGCCCUACACAUCCUGCGGCCAUUUGCUGGUGUCCACGUGAGAGUUGACUCAACGAUUCGUCAUCUUCCACUGGUCGCCGUCGCAGUGGGGAAACCCGGAGGGACAGCUCUCCGUUGUGGCCAGCCCGCUGGCCAUAGAUUGCCGUUGAGCUCCCCAUUAAUUCCCCCGGUGGAGUAAACGCUCUCCCUCUCUUCUCUUUCUCUCUCCCUAAGUAAAUAUCUAUCACUCCCUCUCUCUCUCAAUAUAUAUAUAUAUACAAAUGUAUAGAAAUAUCUCUCUCUUUCCCUCUAUCGUUUUUUCUUUCUUUUUUUCUCUCUCUACCAUCUACCUAUCUCUCUUAGUGCUGCUGCCGACAAUGGACGUUCUGCGGAGGAGAGAAAUAGGGGGAGGGGUGGGGAGAGAGAGAGAGGCAGGCCCGUACUUCCUCCUCGAGGGGGAGGGGGGAUCCUCGGAGGCGCCGGGUUUAAACAGUGGCGGCGACGGCGACAGCUCCCGCCUGGGCCAGCUCGGAUACAAGCAGGAGCUCGGUCUCAGACUCUCGUAAGUCUCCCCCCCUCCCCCCUCAUGUCCUCAAUGCCCGCCGAUCUUCUCCACCAUUUCACUGAAAUCCAGGCUGAAAUCAAGCAGGAGUUGAUCGACCUCCCUACCCAUUCACCAUCAUCCUCGUUGUUUCUCCUGAUAAUAAGCAUGAUCCAAUUAACGGGUAAUAAGCUGGAAUUAUAGCGCAAAACAGCCACCCCACACCGACCGGUGAUGAGGAUUUCGAUUGAACACUUGAACAAACUCGGCUAAUUCGUUUAUCGGGCUUCCGACGAUUUCCGGUAAAUUUUUUUAUGGUGGAUCAUCAUCAGGGAUCGCACUUGAAACGUCGAUAUCUCACUAUUUGCAUGCGGGGCAUUUGACUUUUUCUCACCGCAACGGAGAUUCACUCUCGCUUAUAUCCGAUCGAUUCUGACUUUUUUAUCGCUGGGUCAACCCCACCCACCUCUCUUUUCUUCCGAUAAUCAGCCAUCUUCAUCCUGGCCUUGCCCCACAGGGCCAUCUCCAACUUUGCAGUCACCUUCACCGCCGUCUCCGUGCUCACCGGGAUCACCACCACGUUCGGCACCGGGCUGGAAUUCGGAGGUCCGUUGACCAUGGUCUACGGUCCCAGCAGACCGGUCGUCGGCCUCUUCACGCUCUUGGUCGGCUCCUCCAUGGCGGAGAUCUGCUCCUCCUAUCCGACCUCCGGCGGUCUGUACUACUGGAGCGCCAAGCUCUGCGGCAAUGAGUGGAGCUCCUUUGCGUCCUGGAUCACCCGAUGGUAA